UCGGAGCGCUAGCGUGCGUAAGCCGCUUGGUAAAAGGGACGGUAACUCACAGUGUGACCCAAGACACGGAGCUUGCGGUACCUACGUCGACGAGAAUCGCGUGUUCCAUACCUGCGAAUGUGUGUUAACGAAAAGAAUUUUUUCGACAUUGAAGUUGACGAUAAUCUUCCAAGAGUAUCGAAAUACUGCAGAGCGAAAACGUGAAAUAUUGUGGCAGUCGAGGAUUUUUUUAACAGAGAAAUCAUCGUCCAAGUGAACAGUGCUUGCCAAAAUUCAGGCAAAAGUGGAAUCCGUCCCGGUGGAAUCGGCCAUGGGCCUCGUUUCGUCCACUUUCGCCUCCUUGGCCAUUCAAUUGGCCUGGAAUUGUCAGAGGCUUCUCGACCCUCAGUACAGAUGCGUAGAGUUGAAACGAGCUACAGAAUCGCCGUCACCGGACAACCAGAAGCUGGGUCAUACGGUUGAUCAUGAAUCGCAGCGGCCAACCACAGUCGUCGACAAACGGAGUCCAGUAACCCACCUGAAUCAGAGGACACGUGUGAUUAACCGUCAACGAUACAGGAAGAGACCUGCCAGCUUCGACACUGCGAUGAUAGCGAAUCGGUGCGACAAUCCGUCCGCCGUUCGUGUCACCUGCGUCGUUACUUCAACCCCGAGCUUGAAACGCAACCCUCAGCCCCAGUUCUGGGACGUCACUUCUUCCUCGGGCUGCUCUUCAGACUCCGGAUCGUAUUUGGAUUCGGAUUCGGACGUGGAAGAUCGUCUGAGCGGAUCAUUCGCGGUAAAGAAACACGAAGAAACUGAGGAUGAGAAAACUUUUUCGAUGUCGGCAGAAGAAGAGGCGGCCUUGAGGAUGACAGUGGGUCGAGGUCACUUCAGCAGGUCAAAAAAAGACAGAUUCCUCAAUCAUUUGAGGUUGGAAAAACGGCUCAACGGUCUGAGCGAUAACUUCUGUGGAGCAAAUCACCGUGGCCGUGGUGGUAUAACAGGCAGACGUUACUCUGGGGAUCUGUACAGGGUCUUGUACUAGUCUAGAUUCAGAAUUUUACCACGGAAUAUGCCCUAUGGAAAUUAAUCGAGUAAUCCAAAACGGUUGUGAUACCGGAGGUGAGCACUUUCACGGUUAUUUGGAUGAAACGAUAGCUGUUUCGGCACUCAAGGAUCACGUGACGAAUGUGAGGAUGGAGGAACUUGAGUGUGAUACAAGUUCCAAUCCAACAUCUUCACAUACAUGUGCAAAUUGUACAGUGUUCAUUGAGCAGCCGAGACUUGUGCAGAUAAGUGUUCAUCUCUGAUGCGUUAUGCGGGGUUUGAUUUACAAGGCGAGUACGGGUCAGUAGUAAAAGCCCUAACGAGGCCAAGAACGAAGCCUGCGAUAAAGCGAUACUCGAACCACAUAUACGACUGUGUGGGUGCAAACGAUUCUUGGGAAACUUUGUUCCACAUUCGAAAUUUUGUGACGUUAAUUUCUCGAUCCUAGAAUGGUAACGGCUUCGCAAUAGCGAUGACAACUGCAUGGACAAAUUCGCGUCAUUCGAUGAAAUUUACGACCAGUCGUCACUUCUGUACAGUACAUACAGUCAAUCAGCGCAAAGCCAAUUCUCUGUCUAUUUGGUUCUUCAAAGUGAUCUGAUAUUUAACACGAUUGUUUUGCCCCUUGGUCCUGAAACGUGACGCGUGCGAUACCUACUCGACGAACGUGGUUGCGAGCUAUGCGAACUUGAGACCAUUUACAAUCGUUCUGCAUCAUCGCGAAUGCUCGCUAUACAUAGCUGGAUACCUUCUUUAGGAUAUCAAAGUCGUUUUAGUGCAGGCGGAUUUUUAAUUUAUCGAAUCUCAUACGUAGUAUAUACGUGUCAUUGUAAACUGGUACUUUUAGGGCCUUCAGCCAAGGUUUACACACGAUUGCUUUCAACCGGGCACCUUGAGUCGUUUUUUUUUUUUUUUUCUUUUUUUUAUCUCAUCCUGUUUCUCACAGUUAUCUUUGUUUCAAGACUUUAGAUAUGGCAGCGAAAAGCCGCUUUUAUACGAUGAGUAAACGAAACCGUGUGUUUGAUGUUUGAGCAAAUGAUUCUUCGGUCAUUUCAUAUUUUAUUUACAUAUACGUUAUAACUGGUAUUACGAUUCAUUAUUUAAAAUAUUUAUAUCCGGUCAGUUGAGUCAGAAUGCCGCGUGUUCGAUAAAAACUAUUAUAAAACGAACGUUACCUACUUCGAACUUUUCCUUUAUUUCUUUUUUUUUUUUUUCUCUCUUCUGUCUCUGUUUAAACUGUAAUUUUCUUCGAACACGCGAAUAAACACAUGCUUGGCUAAAUUGUGGGUCAAUUCCGCACGACUAGCAACCACGUAAAUUCACAUAAUACGGUAGGAUACGACGAGUGCAAAAAAUUAAAACCUUAUAUAAUUGCAUUGUCUUAAAAAUCAUAUACACAGUAGUCUAGGUAUACUUAUAUGCUACGGUAAUUGAAAAUUUAUAAUCGAAUCGAAUUUAAGGUACGAAAGUACUCGUACAGUUGUAGAAGGGUGAUUGAGCCAAUACAGGAAUGUAUAAUGAAAUGAAAAACCCCAUUGAAUGAAUAGAACUUACCAUGUAUAAAUUGUAUCAAAUAUUUCA